UCCUGCCGCGCCGCGCGUGAGACGUCAGGCUACGAGAACGGGGAGACGACGCGGGCGCGCUUUUCGCCCUAGAGAGGAAGACGACGACGACUCCACGCUCGCGGCUCGGUCGCCAAAAGCGCGCGUACGGCUUCUCCGAAGGAUUACUACUACCUCGCCGGCAUCGACUUCCUCCGGAGCUCGUCGCGUACGCGCUACUACACGCUUCGGCGACAGCGGCCGGUUUUACGCGGUCGGAGAAGAACGUGAGCUUAUUAUUAUUUUUUUUUUCGACCCGGCGGCGAGUUUGUCCAGAUUCGCGAGCGCGCGGGAGGCCACCGCUUGCGGUACAGUUCGGAGGACGGUGAACUCGGGCGAAAGAAACGACCCCCGAUUCCACCGCGAUUCGGCACUUGCUGCCCGGCUUCGGAGAGCGGAACUGUUACGUGAGCCCGAUCAGAGUGGCUUCGCAAGGGACAACGUCCCGCGCUUUUACAGCUGGCUACCUAAGAAGACGUUUAGUUGUAGGGGCUGCCGAGUCGUGUCUUCGGAGAAUCGACGGCGACCUCGCUCUUGAGAGCCGAGCGAAGGCUUACCGAACCAGGACGUGUUUUCGAACACGGUGACAAGAUUGCUACUUUGCAUCGGGUUUCUGCAGGAAAAACAACUCGUGACAGAGAGAGACGAGUUAUUUUACACGCAAGGCUGGGAAACUGUACCUCUUUGUCGAGGCUGAAGCCGAUUCCAACGAAGGAGCAGGCAAAGUGUUGGCAAGAACUUUGUCGUUCAGCGUUUCCUGCUUAGUUCGUCGCCGGUUUGAAAAGGAUGCAGUAUUUCUAACGCGAUCAAACUGCACUGGAAGAACGCUGUUGAUCACUCUUCCGCCGAAGGUACGGUGUUGCUACAACGCCCCAAGCGGCUGAGGAAGUCUGGGUGGGCCACUCGGCAUCGUCAAAGUCCUCUCAGAAGCCCAGUAUCCUGAAUCAAGCUGAACUGAGUUGGCCUCAAGACGGUGACCAUCGUAUGGCGUUAUGUACGAUGCUAGUCAUUCUGUAAGCAAACGUGUCUGUACGAGGCAUCGACGGUUAUGUGCUCUGGUGCAGACGGGCCAAGGAAGACGCGAGUCGAAGAGAUCUUCUGAAACUCCGUGAUUGCCGAAGAGGACCUCACUUUCGGAGGUGUCGCGAACCAGGAGGAAGCUCCGCGGCUACAUCGUCGACAAAACUUCGAAUGUGCAUACGCCAUCGGUUCUUCGUCGAACUGACAAGAAACUUAUAGAGCGCAAGCACCAUUUUCACCUGUGUGUUUCAGCACGAAAGGCCGCUUCCGGACCAAGCUUAGACGCCAGAAUCGAGAUUAUAGUAUCCUGGGGUGACAAUCCACGCAAAACACAGAAGCCAUGAGCGCGCUAAGCAUUUCAACCAGCUCCCCGGUCGCGGCGUCCCUGCUGCUGCUGCUGUGGUCCGUGCACAGGGUCACGUGCUUGACUAUCGGCGAGCCGCCGACGGGAAGCGAACGCGGCGAGCACUUGCGGCGCGGGUCGCAGGCGCCGCAGCUCGUGAUCGAAGUGGUCGAGUACGCCACGAGGGCGUACGAGAUGGAACAGCCUCCGCCGUUCGUGGUCACCAACUCGACCAAAACGCCGCUGUCUCGCGCCGUGAAAUCGGUGAACCCGUUCCUCCUGGUCGCUCUGGUGGUCACCGCGCUGCUGGUCCUGCUCCUGGGUUUCGCGUACGUGACGCGCAAGAGCGACACCGAGGACCCGGACUCGGCGGCUGGGAGGCAGCAGCAGCAGCGGGACGCCAGCGCCGCGUCGCGUCACAAUGGGGCAUUCGAGCAAGACGCCACCGAGGGCACGGACGCAUGCCCUGCGCAGCCGCCGUCCUACGAUGACGUCGUCAAGGUCCCGUGGACCAUAUGGGCCGCGACUCAACAGGGCGUCUUCACGCAGGGCUCGGGCGCCACGCCGCCGCCUUCGUACGAAGACGCGCGAAGAACUUUCCCGUUCCCCGAGUGCGCGCAGUGAUGACGUCACGACGCGGUCGGACCCCGACUCAACGGAAGUCGUCAACUCUCUUUUGCGACGGCACUCGUAUGACGUCUCCACUCCGAAAGUGAAACCUGCCGUGGCGUCAUUCACGGCGCCUUGCGGAUGUGACCUAAAGGAAGUCCCACACACUCUGCGAAGACGCUCGCAGGAUGUUCUCAGAGGGUACUGCACUCUGACGUCAAGGCCCUGACGGACGUGACGCAACGGAAAUGGCUCCACACCCUCUACCUGUGCGAGAACGACAGGAUGACGUUCCUGCUUGAGAAGUGUGCGCCCGGUUUCGACGUCAUGGUGCGGAAGGAUGUGACGUUACAGAAAUGGUUCUUCCUCUAAGUGACGGCGCCCGGAGAUUUUGUUCGUUUGAAGGAGUGAGCCACGACACGUGCUGAAGUGGCUUAACAGAAACGCCGUGCAGCUUCUGCAGUCAUCGUUUGCGUAUCAAAAGGCGGCGACGUGCCAAAAUGACCUCCUCGUGCCAAAAAAAGGUCACGCAGCUUGCCAGAUCUGGAAGCGUCGGCGCUCGACAGCUACCUUACGCGGGAGGAGUCUGCGCGAUUUUGUUGCUACGCCAGUGUGUACCUGUUUUUAGAGUCUCUUGAAGAGAACCAAGCGUGCUUAGGAAGUACUCUUUAGGAGAAAUGUGUGACCGGGAAUGAGCGCGUGGUGUUUCGUGUUUCAGCACCAGGACUGGCGUCAAACCUGGCACCUUCGACUAGGAAUACGAACUCUCACGAAAUUAAACUAGGACAUCAUAAACGAGUGUGUUCAGUCUUGAUGAUAUCACGUGGGAUCCGACACGUGGCGAUGAGAAGUUCGCGUGCAGCUGCAAGGCCUGAGUUGCCGAAGACCUACGACACAGCUUUCUCAGUCAGGCCAUAAAGAAAUAUACUGUUUCGCAGCUGUAUAGUUGAGUACAAGAGUCUCACUUAUGCAAGCCGUGCCAGCCGCCUCAGCAAGCAAACCCUCGUCGAAUCAGCGCUGUAGUGCCAGCCAAUAUAGUGUUUGAAAGGAUUAACGCGUAAGGAAGUGCACGAUCCCUUGGGAUGAAAACAACUUCGACGAGCGUGCAGUGUAAGGCGCAAGGACACGAAACGAAGGCAACAGCGGACAACUGUGGUCGAAUGACGUGAUAUGUGAUCGCCAUCGGUGUUUGGGAACGUUAUUCAGUGCACCUACCAACUGACCACCUGGUCUCACAAACCUUGUGUGUGACCAACCAACGGCAAACCUUCUGUGUGACCAACCAACGGCAACCUGAGCCUGCUCGCCGAGUUGUCCGACGGACGCUUGCCUUUCUCAUGCAUGAGGACCAUGGCUGUGUUUUUAUUAUGUGUAAGCCUAGUCGACUCUGCCGCACCUCAGAUUGGUGCGGCCGAUCCAGCGAAUACUAGGCAGUGCCAAUUAUUUAUAGGACACGGUGAUAAGCAAAUGCAGUGACUGCUGUUCCUUUCGGGCAAUGAAACACCGGAAAGGCCAGUGAAGAACUACUGCUUCUUAAAGUGUGCUACGUUACAAAAAAAAAGUAUGUGCACUAUGUGAAUCUGCCAUAGAUCAUCUCAUCAAAUCGUGCCAUGGACUCUGCGAAAAAAUUCAUCUGGUUCCGCAUCGAUUCGAACAGGUCAAUAAACUCAUGAAGGAACCUGCCUUUACAUAAGCCUGUCGAAUCUUGUUUAACCAUCCAACCCUCAACCUACACCCGGGGUAGCAUGCCAGGCAGUCAGCCAGGCAAGCACCUCCAGCUCGUCAUUAAAGUCAGAAUGUCUCACUUUUUGUGUGUUU